GACCUUAGGUAAUUGAGUGUUCAAUUUUAAAAUGUUUUUAAGUUUGAAAAGAAAAUUUGUGUGCACAAAGUAACCCACAUAUAAAUGAGGUACAAUUAUCAUAUAAAAUUUUGAUGAUAAGGUUAUUUUUAAGUAUAAAUAUUAAUUGUGGGGUCAUUUUAGCCAAUUUAAUCUCCUCUGGUUCUGAUUUCAAUAGGCACCAUUAAAUGGAUAGAUGGCGACUGAAAACCAUACAACAGUGGCAGAGUUCAUUAUUUUGGGGUUAACAGAUAAUCCUACACUAUGUGCCAUCUUCUUUGUGGUAUUUUUAGCAGUCUAUAUAGUUACCAUAAUGGGCAAUAUCAGCAUAAUCGUCUUAAUCCGAAGGAGCCCUCAGCUUCACACCCCAAUGUACCUUUUUCUCAGCCAUUUGGCAUUUGUGGACACUGGGUACUCCACAUCGGUCACACCAAUCAUGCUCAUGAGUUUCUUAAGAGAGAGAACUACUAUUCCUGUCACUGGCUGUAUAGCCCAGCUUGGCUCUGAUGUCACUUUUGGUACUACAGAGUGCUUCCUGUUGGCUGCUAUGGCCUAUGAUCGCUAUGUGGCCAUAUGUUCUCCUCUGCUCUACUCCACCCAAAUGUCCCCAAUGGUCUGCUUCUUAUUAUUGGGAGCUUCCUACCUGGGUGGGUGUAUGAAUGCUUCAUCAUUUACUGGCUGUUUGAUGAACUUGUCCUUCUGUGGACCAAAUGAGAUCAACCAUUUUUUCUGUGACCUCUUCCCACUUUUGAAGCUCUCUUGUGGCCAUGUUUAUAUUGCUGAAAUAUCCCCUGCUAUCUCUUCUGGGUCGGUUCUCGUAAGCACACUGUUUACUAUAAUUGUGUCCUACAUCUACAUCCUCCACUCGAUCCUGAAGAUGCGCUCUACAGAGAGGAGGAACAAAGCCUUCUCUACCUGCACUUCCCACCUCACUGCAGUCACUUUGUUUUAUGGGACAGUUAUGUUUGUUUAUGUGAUGCCCAAGUCAAGCUAUUCAGCUGAUCAGGUCAAAGUGGCAUCUGUGAUCUACACGGUGGUGAUACCCAUGUUGAACCCUCUCAUCUACAGCCUGAGGAACAAGGAAGUGAAAGAGGCCAUGAGAAAAUUGGUGACUCGAAAACAGUCAUUUUUCUGAAUAAAUAAGAGGUAAAUCCAUAAAUUACAAAAACAAUGAUUAGGAGAAUCUAUGUGCUGGAUAUUUUAAAGAUCUUUUUCAUUAAAUUUAUCACUUUAAUGAUGAAGAUAUCCUGUAAAUAUAAAAGCCAAUGUUUAUUUCCAUUUAUAAAGUUAAGUGUGUCAUUUUCAUGAACAUUUGCUGGAAUCAAAUUAAAGUGUAGGUUUUUCAAGUUAAGAAUACCUCCAGAAAAUAAUUUCUACUUAAAACCUCCUCC